GAUGAACGAGCAGUUCACUGGUGUAUCUUGUAUGGCAUCGUGUAUCAGAAUCAGUGUUUUGACGGAAACCAAGCGAACAACAUGGUUAGGUUGUUUAUGCUAGCCGUCUUGUGCUUUACUUUUCUAUCCAUUCUAGAAGUGCGAGGGAAGCAAGUGGUAUACACAAGUUUAAAUCAAACUAAAUGUAUUGAAAACGGCAGAUUUUACAGGAAUCCGGAUAGAUCCGAAGAUAUAUUAUGGACCAAGAACGAGUGCGCCAAAUACUACCUUUGUGUGGAGGGUGAGGUGUUCGAGUUCAAAUGCUCGGAAGGGCGUCUUUUCGAUGUAAAUCGACAACUAUGCGAUAAAUAUCAAAAUGUCCAUAACUGUGAAGUCACAAAAGAAAUAGUUCUACCACAACCACUUCUGGAGCAUGCAAUAUGUGCCAAUGAAACACACCUGGGAUGUGCUGACGGUCGCUGCAUACCGGCGGAAUAUUUCUGCGAUGGGACAUUUGACUGCGAUGAUUUAUCUGACGAAGCCUGGUGUGACGUUACAAACGAUCCAAAUUCAGCGGAACCAUGUGAUCCCAGCAUGUGCCUGUUACCUGAUUGUUUCUGCACGAAAACCGGCAAAGAAAUACCAGGAAAUCUCGUACCUAAUCAGACACCUCAAAUGAUCACUCUCACAUUCAAUGGAGCAGUGAAUCACGAAAAUUGGGAUAUUUAUAACAAACACCUGUUUACAUCCGAUCGUAAAAAUCCCAAUGGAUGUCCCAUCAAGGCUACAUUCUUUGUCUCGCACCCCUAUACAAACUAUAGACAUGUGCAGAAAUUGUGGAAUGAUGGACACGAAAUUGCAGUACAUUCUAUUACACACCGAGGCCCAGAAGAAUGGUGGGCUAGGAACGCCACUGUUGAAGAUUGGUUUGACGAAAUGGUUGGUCAAGCAAACAUAAUCAAUAGGUUUGGAAAAGUUUGGAUGGAGGACUUCAGAGGUCUUCGGGUACCUUAUCUAUCUGUCGGAUGGAACCGACAGUUUGUCAUGAUGCAAGAGUUUGGAUUUGUCUACGAUGCGACGAUAGUAGCGCCCCUCUCCGACCCGCCGUACUGGCCCUACACUCACGAUUACAAAAUGCCGCACGAAUGCACAGAAAAAUAUCAAUAUUGCCCAACUAGAAGUUAUGCAGGAUUAUGGCAGAUGGUUAUAAACCCUCUGACAGACGGCAAAAAUAAUUCAAACGCCACUCCGGAACAUUGCCACUUUACACUCACUGGUGAUGAUAUAUAUGGUAUUUUACUAAACAAUUUCAAAAGGCAUUAUUUAAAAAAUAGAGCUCCAUUUGGCAUACAUCUGAGUGGUACUUGGUUACGAAAUAGCCAUUACCUUGCUGCUUUGAAGAGAUUUAUAAUAGAACUAUUAAGGCUACCAGAUGUUUACUUUGUAACAUAUAAAGAGGUAAUAGAGUGGAUGAAAAAACCAACACCAGUACUCCAAUUAAAGAAAUUCCAACCGUGGCAAUGCAAGGAUCGUCGCUUUCAUGAAAAUGAAAUAGCUUGCAGCAAACCUAGGACAUGCAAACUACCUUCUAAAGUAUUGGAACAUGACAAAUACAUGAUAACAUGUGUAGAUUGUCCUAAAAGCUAUCCUUGGAUUAGAAAUGAGUUUGGAUUUGAUUGAUAAAAUUAAAAUUAUGUCUAAAUUAAAGUUACCAUAUUUAAGUCAAUCUCUAUUGUUAAGGUUGUAUGAAUUAAGUAUUAUUUUAUUGCAUACUACUAUGGAUGGACAAAAAUCAACCACUCCCCUCCAGUCCGCACUCCAUGGAUGCCCUUGUCUCUGUAAUGGAUGCAUUAUCCUAUACUGCAAUACUACGGCAAUGUCAUGAGGUGGUGCAAGUAUCAUGUUAUUGUGUAUCUGUAGUAAUAUAAACUAUAGUAAUAUACCUCAAUUUGCAAUACUUUGUCAUGGCCUCAAGACAAAACAACUACACUAGGAUCAAAGAUGUGUGUAGGAUCAGAGAUGUUGGUACACAUCUAUCUUUAUUUGUGCCUUCUCCAAUAAAAGUAGCAAUAAUCUAAUUAUGUGCAAUAAUUUUUGUAAUAAAAUUAAAUAUAAAGAAA